AUGGAUCAAUACAGCCGACAUACUCAUCAGAAUGACAAUAUUAUCAUCUUGCCGACCGGUCAGCCACUUUCAGUCGGUUCUCGACCAUCAUCAUCGAAACACCUAUGUCGAUCGAAUGGAACAGCUGUACAUUCUUUCGAAAGUAAAGGUGGUGAUUAUGAACGAGCAAUGCGAAAUUCAAAUUAUUCAUUACUGAAAACAGUUGUAGAAAUUCUCAACGAUGGAACGGAACGUUUAAAAACACCUGUUCAACUAAUCAUGUCACCACCGAUGAUAUCCAUGGAGAUAAGAAUGCGUUGCAUAUUCUUACGUGUGGGAGAUAUUGAUACGUUAAAUGAACGAUAUUAUGCGGAGAUUAUUUUGGAAGCAUCAUGGAACGAUAUACAGUUAAAAGAUCAGAUAGCCUAUAAUCAUAAUCAACAUUGGAAUCCAAAUUUAGCUAUUGUUAACAGCAUCGGGGAUUUGCAAAAGCACGAUAUCUGGUAUACAAUUCAGAAUACCGUUACAAUGACAGAAGUGACUGAACAUCAUCGUAUCAAAGGUUUAUUUUGGGAAAAAAUGGAAUUAAGCCAUUUUCCGGUGGACGUUCAAAAAUUAUCUAUUCAAGUGUCGACAAUGAAACAAAAUAAAGAAUUGGGUAGGAAUAUGUUAAAAUUUGUUAAAAAUAAUAAUAAACAAUCAGGUGUGAAUCGAUUUAUAUUCACGGAUGAACAAGAAUGGUAUUUGUAUGAGCACGUUGAAAUCACUGUCAAAGAACAAAUUGAAGAGUUGAAUGAUGAUUUAGAAAUAGAAAAACGAGACAUAGUAAUUUGUUCAUGUCAUGUGGCAAGCAUCUUUGGUCGUGUACAAGUAGCUGGCACAUUGCUGUUAACAUCAAUUGCAUUUCGUUGGACAGUGAACAAAUCAUUACCGUAA